AUGGCAAAUAAUAUAUCCAAUACAACACUUUCUCUUACUAAAAUUUCAUGCUUGUUAGAGGCGCAGGAAGUCGUGUCAGAUACUUUGGCUACGUUCUACCUCGCUGGAUGGAAGACUUGUCCUUCCUUUAUCAAGGCGCGGGAGAUAGUCGCCGCCAUGCAAAUGCUAUAUCCGGACCGCCUGGCCUUCAAAAUCCUUUUAUUUGAGGACAGGGAAAAAUUUAGGGUAUGGCUUAAAGCAUCCCAGGGGGACUUUGCUGUCAGCUUUGGUGCUAAAUCCAAGGCAAUGAAGCAUGUAACGUCGCCGUUUGUGUGGAGCAGCAACCCCACGACGUUUGUGGGCGGCUGUGACGACCUUUUACUUUUUUUUCGAUCUGGCAUCGCAGUAGGGCGGCCCCAGGGAAUGCAUACCAGUGACGAGGUGGCUGAGAUCUCUUCCACUGCUGUCCAAGAGAAGCCGAUCUUCGACUACGAUCUGGUAGUCAUUGGUGGAGGUUUGGGGGGGUUGGCGUGCUCUAAAGAGGCCGCUUCUUUUGGACAAAAGGUCUGCGUACUGGAUUAUGUAAAGCCGUCACCCCAAGGCACGGCUUGGGGACUUGGCGGGACGUGCGUGAACGUUGGAUGCAUUCCAAAAAAGUUAAUACAUCAAAGUUCUCUUAUUGGUGAGAUAAUACGCCAUGACAGUGCUCGAUUUGGCUGGAAAUUUGAUAAUGAGGGGAAAACAGUACCGGUUUUCGACUGGAAGCAAUUGGUGGCCAAUGUAGACGGAUAUAUCAAAACCAUCAAUUUUAAAUACAAGGUGAAACUACGCAGCAAGAAUGUCAAGUAUGAGAAUUUUUUGGGUUCCUUUGUUGAUCCGCACACCGUAAAGCUUUCGCAUCCUCGCAAAGGUACCAAACAGAUCACUACCCGUAAUGUGGUUAUCGCAGUGGGUAGUCGACCCAGGGAGUUGACUUGUCCUGGCGGGGAAUACGCUGUUUCGAGCGACGACAUAUUUUGGAUGAAAGAGAAAGAGCCAGGUAAAACCCUUGUAAUUGGUGCUUCUUAUGUAGCACUUGAAUGUGCAGGAUUUUUGAAAGGCAUGGGUUACGAGGUGAAGGUCAUGGUGCGCUCGAUUCUGCUUCGCAGCUUCGACCAGGAGAUGGCUGAUAAGAUAGGCGAGUACAUGGAAGUGCAGUCGGGCAUCAAAUUCAUUCGUAAGACGGUCCCUCAAUCCAUCUCGAGGCUUGAAAAUAGACAGCUUCUAGUGAAGUGGGUAGAUGAAAAAGGCAAGACCUGCGAAGAAGCUUUCAAUACGGUUCUCAAUGCAACGGGCCGCGAUCCGGAAGUUGCUCAUUUAGGUUUAGACAAGGCUGGUGUCAAAUUGAACGAAAAGACUGGACGCAUCAUGGUGAAGAACGAGCAAACUUCAACGUCCAACAUUUAUGCCAUUGGCGAUGUGGUUGACGCCCCUGAGCUGACCCCUGUGGCUAUUCAAUCGGGACGCUUGCUCUCGCAACGUUUGUACAACAACUCAUCAGUUCAGAUGGACUAUGACAAGGUGUGCACGACUGUAUUCACCCCGAUCGAGUAUGGCUGUUGCGGAUUGUCAGAAGAGACCAGCAAGGGUCGAUAUGGUGAGGACAACAUUGAAAUAUAUCACACGAACUUUGUCCCGCUCGAGUGGUCAUUGUCGUCGGAGACUCGCACAGCUUCUAAUUCAUGCUAUAUAAAGGUGGUGUGUGAUAAGUCUCGUGAUAAGUUUGUCUUGGGCUUUCACUAUUUGGGGCCGAAUGCUGGUGAGGUGAUGCAGGCCAUGGGCUUGGCAAUGAGGUUAAGGUUUACGUACGAUCAAAUGGUUAACACUGUAGGCAUUCACCCGAUGACUGCUGAGUCGCUUACAAUUUUGGAGGUAACGAAAAGUAGCGGUGGCGCAACUACUGGAGGUGGUUGCUGA